ACCUUAAUACAUAACUCCAACCAGCGAAGCUUUGAGACAACUAACACAAAGAAAGCAUAACAGAGCUAUCUAAUUAAAGGCCAUGGAGGACGAGACAGCAGAUAGCAGGAACAAAGCAAGACUAGCCAUAGUGGAACUGGCAAACAUGAUAAGCGUGCCCAUGUCUCUCAACGCCGUCGUCCGCCUCAACGUACCAGACGCCAUCUGGCAAGGCGGCGCCAACACCCCUCUGUCCGCUGCCCAGAUUCUCUCACGAGUCCUCCCUUCUGGCGGCGGAGACCCUGAGAAUCUCCAGCGUAUCCUCCGUAUGCUUACCAGCUACGGUGUUUUCGCUGAAAACCUCGACAGUGAGUCCCGUGAAAGAAGAUACUCGCUCACUGACAUCGGAAAAACACUUGUCACCGACGCCGACGGUCUAUCCUAUGCACCUUACGUGCUACAGCACCACCAGGAUGCUUUACUGAGGGCGUGGCCAUUGGUGCACGAGGCGGUGUUGGAUCCAACAUCAGAGCCGUUCGUGAAGGCGAAUGGCGAGGCAGCUUAUAGUUACUAUGGGAAGAAGCCAGAAAUGAAUGGACUGAUGCAGAAGGCCAUGUCUGGAGUAUCAGUGCCAUUCAUGAGAGCUAUACUCAACAACUAUGAUGUGUUUAAAGGCGUGAAGAGAUUGGUUGACGUGGGAGGGAGUGCUGGGGAUUGCCUGAGAAUGAUUUUACAGAAACAUCCCCAUGUAGAAGAAGGCAUCAAUUUUGACUUGCCUGAGGUGAUUGCCAAAGCUCCAGUCAUUCCGGGCGUGAGCCACGUUGGAGGUGACAUGUUCAAAUCCAUUCCCGGUGGUGAUGCAAUCUUCAUGAAGUGGAUCUUGACCACUUGGACAGAUGAUGAAUGCAAGCUUAUAAUGGAGAAUUGUUACAAGGCACUGCCUGUAGGAGGCAAACUGAUUGCAUGUGAGCCAGUGCUGCCCAAGGAUUCAGAUGAUAGUCAUCGGACUCGUGCUCUCCUGGAAGGUGACAUUUUCGUCAUGACAAUUUACAGGGCCAAGGGUAAGCAUAGGACAGACGAAGAAUUCAAACAGCUUGGCCUCUCUGCUGGCUUCCCUCAUUUUCGAGCAUUCUAUGUUGAUUACUUCUACACUGUCUUGGAAUUUCAAAAAUAGGAUUGAAAUUGCCCGACUCAAUAAAGACUAAUAAUAAUAAUAAAGGGGAAGCUCGUUUUCUGGUCGUA